AUGUCUCUCUCCUCUCUCCGAUUAGGAAAAUGGGUACCACAUCACGGUACUGUUCUCGAAACGCCGCUCGCAAAUGUGCCUUAUCCCGCACUCGAUACUACUCCUGUGGAAGCUUAUAUGAUUCCUGGGUUGACGAAGGAGAUCUAUAAUGCAAUGCGCAACUUUAUCAAUGAAUUAGAUUUGUAUAACGCUCUCGACAUUAACCCAUGGUGUGAGCUGCGAGAUUACGAAUACAUGAGUAUCGGCACACCCGAACGUCAAAUUCUACUUCAUUUCUAUCAGCAACACACUGAUCGCAAGGGUGUUUUCGUCAGAGACGCCUAUAUCAACAGAAUGUUCCUUGCUCCAUUAGAUGAGUUUGAGCAUAAACAAAUGUUGGCUGUUGCAGGUUUCGCAAAUUUAUGUCUAGAACCUCUUCAGAUUGAGCAACGAAGAAUGAUGAAUGGCUCAUGGGAUGAAAAUAGCUCUAUUCUUCCACAAAAUACUGGGGCUACUCGUUGUUCUACUCCAGAAAAAAAUCAUCUUGCCUCAUCGUCCAUGCCCACUGGUCUCAAGCCAAAGAUCCCACGUCCAGCUAAUGAGUGGAUUCUUUAUCGUGCGGACAAUCAUUUACCCAUCAAGAAAGCCUAUCCAGGUAUCACCAACAACGAGAUUUCUUCAAUUAUUGCUGGAAUGUGGGCUGCAGAAACUCCGGAGCGGCGUCUGAAGUACAAGAUCCGUGCCGAUUUAUUGAAAGAAGCUCACAAGAAGGCUUACCCAACUUAUAAAUACGCCCCCAGAAAGCCAAGUGAGAAGAAGCGUCGUGUAUCAAAGAAGACUCUCAAUAAAUCAACCGCUAACCAGCUAUCUCACAAUAUCAAUUCCAGCACCAGCACCACCGUAUCCUCCAUCAACUAUCCACUCUUAAAUCACGACUCUGCUAAUGAUACUAGUAUGGGUACAAUGGGCACGUUUGGGCUCAAUAUUCACAUGGAUCACUCCAGCGUGCUAGAGCAGCAGCUUCAGCCUGAGCACUGCAGACUUUCAUAUGGUGACGAACCAAUGGGUAUGAACUUCGCACCAACAGAAGCUUGGCAAGCGAUCCAGCAACAGGAUCUCUUCACCUUCUUUUCCCCCCAACAACAAUACUAA